AUAAAGCAUUUCCUUCUUUUAUCAAUGGAAUCAGAGGCCGAUGUGAUUGGUUGAUACUGUUCAUCAGUGAUAAACACUUGCUAACAGCUUUAGUUGUGAUGCUCGAAGUGAUAAGAAGUUGUGGUACAGUUUCAGAAGAACAAAAUUUAAUUGAAAAAUGGUCAACGCGUUGUCCUCUACUAUCCUUUUUUUCUUUGGGGUGCCGUUGGUCUUCGCAAGGACUACUCAACCAGCGGUAUUACAGUGGGCUAAGAGCCUGAAUGAUAUGAAGCCCGACGAAAAGAACUCUGGGACAUCUCUGUUCUCCCAGGAAUAUGUCAACGUCCUGGAUGCUGACAGAUGGAAGGAGUUGCUGACCAAGGAGAAGAUGCGGGACGUGAUCAAAGUCAUUCAGAAGGCUGUGGGACCCAACAGACCCAUCCGGGUCCGCACCCAGUGGGGAGGUCCUGAACCUGAACAAAUGGGCAACUAUGUGCGGAAUACCGUGAACUGGCAAGCCCACCAGGGCGAGAAGACUAGCCUAAACCUCAUCAUGGACUCCAAGUUCACCAGGAAUGAUGACGGCAAGGUGGACAUGGUAAACCCUAACCUCGGUAUCAACUUCCAGAUGAAGUACUGACAACGAUACAACUUUUUGGGAGCAAGGAGAACACUACGUCAUCCCUUCAAAGCUUUGGCGCCCUUUUUAGCCCUUUGGAGCUAAUGUUACCAAGAGGUUCCUUGUUGAUAUGUUUCGAGAUAGGUUAAUUAUCAAUAAUAUACUUUGUUGUAAAUCAAUUAUUUUACUAUUUUGUGUUUUUAUUUUAUAUUAAUAAAGUCCAUUGAAACUU